UGACACAAAGGAUUAAAAGAAGAGAUCUUUAAUAGAAGAGAAAGGUGACAGCCCAACGGUCACUCUCUCGUAAAGGAAGGUUUUAAUCUCUAAUCUUGUGUUUCUCGAGAAGCCGUAAGGAAGAAAUGGUGGAAUCGAAGUAUGAGCAGAUACGAUUGAAAAGGGUGGAAGAGAACAAGAAGAGGAUGAUUGAGCUUAAUCUCAACAAGCUCUCUCAUUCUCUUCGCGUCUCCUCUCCUUCUCCCAAGCCUUCUCCUGCCAAGGCAAGGACGCCGCGUACUCCGGUGGACUCGUCGGAGGUCAGGAGAUCAAGUCGCGCUAAGAAUCCUCCUCCCAGCUACAAAGAGUUUGGGCUAGAACCUUUGGAAAGGCCAAGAAGGAGCUAUCAAAGGAGAGAUUUGCUGAACCGGGUUUAUGCCUCGGACGAUGCUAGAGUCUAUGCAAUCGACAGGGCAGAGGCUCUUCAGUCAAGCUUGGAGCCUGAGUUCCCUAGCUUUAUUAAACCAAUGCUCCAGUCACACGUUACCGGGGGAUUCUGGCUGGGCUUGCCGCGUAGUUUUUGCCAUACGCAUCUGCCGAAGUACGAUGAAAUGAUCACUCUAGUUGAUGAAAACGAGGAUGAAGCUGUGACCAAAUACCUUGCUGAUAAGAAUGGUCUUAGCGGAGGCUGGAGAGGCUUCGCUAUUGAUCAUCAGCUUGUCGAUGGAGAUGCUGUUGUCUUUCACCUCAUCAACCCAACUACCUUCAAGGUGUAUAUCAUUAGGGUAAAUGAUGAAUCAAACAACGGUUUGGGUGGGAGCAAUGAGAAAGAGCUUGUUAUUAAACCAAACAAGAAUCAAGAGGAGAAGAAUGUUUCAGAAGUUCCUCCAUUGUCAAACAGUGGUAAAAGAAAGCGAAGAGGCAGGAAGUAGAGUUUGAUGAAGCUUGGACUAGGACUUCAGUGGAAGGAUGCAGUUGUUUAAAUAACCUAAUUAAAACAUCUCUGUUUUGGUUUCUCGGAUGAGGUGUCUAGUUUAUGUGAUGAGAGAUAUUGUUAUGCUCAUAUUAUUUUGGUAGCUGCGUUGAUUUUAU